ACUGCCCUUUAAACUGUCACACACACACAGUGGGCUGCCCCUCAAUCUGCCAGGGAAGGGGAUGACAUCAAAGUGGGAGUGACAGCAGCAGCAGCAGCAGCAAAGGGAACUGCUCAAGGCUCAGCGGAGGAAACGCUCGGCAGAGCAGAGACAGUUACAGCAGAAGCAGCAGAGACGCAACUACAGAGACGCAACUACAGAGACGCAAGGGGAGCUGCGUUACUGCUACUGCUUCUUCCACAGCUGUCCUGUUAAGAGGUGAAGGGAAAGCUUUCUGAAGACUCUACCCUACACUGGGAAGCUGACACGCUGAGCAGAACUGGAAGAAUCGCCCGAGCAGUGCAAGGAGAGAUCUCCAUUCCUGAGCUUUGCACAGAACCCCGAGUGAGAAGCGCUGGGAGUCCCCUGUUAUUUCUGCUCGCCCGAGUCCCUGUGCAGGUCUCACCAUGAGCCGCUUGCUGAAAGGCUUUAGACUGCUGCUGGGGGUGAGAGAGCACUGCCUCAGAUCUCUGACUGUAACACAGAGACCCCCAGCCUGGAGCCAAGUGAGAAUGGCGCACACAGGAGCAGAUUUAGGGUCUCUGACAAGGUACGACGAUUCAGCAGUGUCCACCGACUGGCAGAAGAAACUCACUCCUGAGCAAUAUUAUGUGACGAGAGAGAAAGGAACAGAGUUGCCUUUCAGCGGUAUCUACCUGAACAAUACAGAGAAAGGGAUGUAUCAUUGCGUUUGCUGCAGCGCCCCGCUGUUCAGCUCUGAAAAGAAGUACAACUCUGGGACAGGGUGGCCUUCCUUCUCCGAGGCGUAUGGAGCACAAGAGGCUGAUGAGAGCAAUACUAAUGUACUGAGGCGGCUGGAUAACUCUCUGGGUUCCACAGGCACUGAAGUCAUUUGCAAAGAGUGUGAUGCUCAUCUUGGCCAUGUGUUUGAAGACGGACCUCCGCCCCAUGGUCAGAGGUUCUGUAUCAACAGCGUCGCAUUGACUUUUGUAGCUAGUUCAAUGUAAUGAGUGGUGCUAAAUGUGAAUCAGUUUAUUUCCAUUGAGAAUGUUACUUGUUUAGUGUUGGCAUCAAACAGAUCCUAAGGUGAGAUUCUAUUCCAUUAUCACGUGUGUCUCUCAAGCUGGCAAUACAGGCACUAGGAAUAGAAUUCACUAUGGUAUUGACUAAACUGGUUACUUCCCAUUAAUCACAUAAUCAUCUUGCAGAGUUGCCAUCAGUUGGAAAUCAUCGGCAGACAUACAUGGCAUUUAGAUCACUGAUAACUAGAUAUUACUGGGCUCCACAGCAAAUUAUUUUUCAGCCCCACAAAAUGUCUAGAGGUUGACCUGUUUUACCAAUAUUUAUUGAAAUUAUAUAUGAAUUAGGGCCUUAUGGGGCUCCUAUACCUCCUGGGCCCCCCUGCAGCCACAGGGUCUGCUUCCUCUGUAGUUACACCCCUGCUAUUUGCAAUAGUCACACUUCAUCAUGAGCAACAGACAAAACAUCCAAUCAUCAUCAUCAUUUAUUUAUUUAUGCAGCACCUGCAAGUUACACAGCACUUUACAUUCGUGUAUAACAAAAAAAAUAAAGGAAUAGAAAGAAACCCCGUCUAUGACAAUUAAUUGGUGUCUGGUGA